UUCGUGUUUCAUAUCUUAUUAUAGAACUCUUCUGUAUUCUUAUUCAAUUAAGCUUGUUGCCAUGGAAAUGAGUGAGACAUAUUUGUCAUGACGCGAACCAACAGUCUUAAACAUCUUUAACACACUGGAAAUCUUUCAACACAUGUUUAAAUGAGCAUUUUAACAUUAAAGCAGUAUUCUGGUGUCAUAUUAUUGCAGCAUAUUUUGCUAUUUUUUGAUAUUUCCGUAAAUUCCUUUGCUAGUUUUGCUAGAUCACAUCCAGUGGAUUUGCUCGUCCUUUAUGUAAUUCAAGAUUUCUGCUUAAUUGUUGCUCUUACGUUACUUUUGGUCAACUUUUUCUCUACGUAUAUUUUUCAGGUUGGAUUGAUACAAUUGCUGUAUAUCAGAUUUCGUAUUACAUUGAUGUUAUGUGUAAUUUAUAUAAUUUUAAGUAUCAUGCUACAUGUGUGGGAUAUGACGAUUCACUGGCAACAUCCAUUAAAUCAGUAUUGGACUAAAGAAUUCCAUGGUCUUUUCUCAUUACAUAAAACAGUUGCUGUGUCUUACUACUACUUUUACAAGAGGGCAUCCUUACGAAUUGCAGAUCCUAGAUUUUUUGAAGGAUCUACAUGGUUGGAGAAGCCUUUGAAUCUUCCAUAAGUAUAGUUCUUAAUGUUCCAUACUGAAAAUUUAUACAUUGUUUCAAAUAAGGGUAAAUAUUACAUCAGUAAAAAGUACUGUAUUUCAUAUCUUCAAAUUUACACGUGAUCACAUAAUAUUCACUGGUUUUGAAGUUUCUCUUUGCAUGUAUCUAAUUAACAUACAAUUUUAUGUUUCAAUAUAACGUAUUUCUUAAGCGA